AUGACAGAGAAGUCAGAGGACCUGAAGAACUCCAUGCCCACAGAGAGGAAGCUCGUGUGGAGGACGGCCGAGGAGAGGCGGAUGUCAGACCUGACUCGAGUGUUGGAGUGGCUGGAACGGAGGCAGGGGAAGAAGAAGCAAGCUCUCCAGAAGAACAAACCCAAGGUGGUGAUAGGCUUGGCAGAACCUGUGAAGGAAGAAAAGAAAACCAAAAGUGCCCUAAAACAUCAGGGAGCCCGCCGCAAGAGCCAAGGGAACCAACAGGCCUCAGGGCAAAACUCCUCCAGGGAGGACGAAACCUCUGCCCUGUACCGAAGGCUCUACAGAGUGGAAGCAAAGGGAAAACGCCUCAGCAGCCUGACCCCGAGCACCAACUCCAAGGACACACCCAGGAAAUCCGACUUAGACAUCAAAGAUGCGGUCGCUCAAGAGUCCACUCAGCGCCCAAUGCCAUACCGUCGACAAAGCGUCGUCGAACCCGUAUUACAGGACACUGCCUUUGCCCAACGGAAGUCAACCGUCUUGAGAGAGUGGGGGGGCAGGAUGCCUGAUGCCUCUUAUGAGCGUAAGCUGAAAAGCCUCAUGGACAAGGGCACGGAGCCCAGGAUGGAGAUGAUGAAGAUGUUGAAGCCGGAAGAGGUGCUGAGCUGCCGAUACCUGAGGUUAUCCAAGAACAACAUUCGAACCUUGCUCAAGCUGUGCAAGGAUGCGGGAAUGAACGUGGACAUCCACCCCCACAUGAUAGAAGGAGAGAUAGACGCUAAAAAGGUGUUCAACCAAAACAUCAGUGUAGCCCUCUAA